AUGCUAAACUUAUGGUUGAGAAUGCUGAGUUUAAGGCCAAAAUAUAUAGAUGCUGUUGCCAAGAAUGCUAGACGUGAUAUUGAAAAUGCAAGAUGUAAUGCUAAAAAUGCUAAAUUUGAGACUAGAAUUAUAAAGUUAGAACAAGAUUCUAGUCAAUCACAAAGUAAUUCUUCUUCAAAAAACAUACCAGACUCUAUAGUAGCAAAUGAAGUGAGAAAGCGAGAUGAGAAGCUUGCAAAAAUGGAAUUCAUUUCCCCUAAAAAAGCAUUAAGAUUUAAAAUAGAAUUGUUCACCUGUGCUCUGCCAAAAGAUGGUCUAUUAAGUGAUGAAAAAAAUUCUGAAUUGUUACAUUCUGAUCUCAGUUCAGGAAGUAAUAAGAAAAAUUCUGAAUUGUCAUAUACUUCUAAUACAUUAGCAUUUAAUACAUUUUUAAAAUCUGGGAUAAAUAUUUUACCUGCAUCUUGUCCACCAAUUCUUAGAACUAAUUCAACUCAUGACUACGCACUCCUAUUUUUACAAAAGACAUUGGAUUAA